UAUUUAAAGUCCGACGCAGAGCACUGUAAAGCAGACAGCAAAUGGGAUUUCCGUACGCCACGCGGUAUAUAUAUAUCAUGUUUUGUUUCUCACUCAAGGCCGUUUGGUUUGGGUUAGAGAUGCACAGAAUGCGCCAUUGCGUGGAUCGAUUCCUUGUUAAUCGGUAGUGUUGACUUGUUGAGUACUUGGUUUAACAAAGAAUGAACCACGCAGAACAAGAAAUCCUUCGACGUUUCCACCACACGUUAGUAAGCACUAUUCGGGCAGAGUACCUUGUGACGCUGUUAUAUUCCAAAAGGGUUAUUGAUGACAAUCUGCAGAGAAAAAUUCUCUCUCAGGAGGACACUGCUCCGAACGUCAAAAUUUUGCAUAUGUCCGAUCUUCUAGAACAAGUGAAGCUUCACUGUUCGUGGCAGGAUUUUUUAGAAUGUCUUGAUACCGCAGGGUUUCCUUUUCUAAGACGGGAGAUGGAAAAAUUCAGUAUUGGUGUAAAUUCCCGACAACCUCAAAUUUAUAAUUCAUCCUUUGAUUUAUUAGCUGAAAAACUGAAAGCAAAGAUUCAUAAUUCUGAGGCGCGAUUAAUUAAUUGUGACAUACGAUGCUGGGCAAAUAGACUGCUGAAAACAAUACAGUCUGAUAGUCCUGGGAGUAUCUUAGAACAGCGUAAACAGGCCGAUUGUUGUUAUGUUUUAUUAGAUUGUUUAGCGGUCCUAGAAAGAACCCAUUCGUCCCAAAAAGAGCUUUGGAAAUCACCUGUAUAUCCUCAAAUGGAGAGUCUGAUAUCUAAAACGUCUAACCCACUGGUCAGUAGAAUUCGUCAUCAUGCUCGGUUUGGAGUCGCCCUAUUUCUUGGUGACCAAGACCAACGGGCGCAGGAAUACCUGGAUGCAUCCGUGACUGAUGCCAAAACGUUUCUUAACUCCGGCCGUGAUGUAGGAAAUUGUAUUUUUGCUUUGGUAAAUUACAGACUUAAACGAUUUGCAGAAUCAACAGCGCAGGAGGAAAAACUGAAAACGCUGGAUCUAGUUGAGGAAGGUCUUCGCCAUUUCGAAAACGAAGAAGACGAAAUACGAAACAAUUGGAGAGGGGUGUACUAUGAUAAGAAAUUGUCAUGUCUGCUCGGUCUGAAACCUCCUGGUCGUUGUAAUUCAAUCGCAAAUAUUUCAAAGAAGGACUUACAAAUAGCAAAGGAUGUUCUUUGUGAAAUGGAAAAAAGACUCAGUGAGCUAGAUAACCGGAGGAAAAUCCAUUUCUACAUAGCUAAAGCCCACCUAACUGAAAUGGAAUCCAAACGAAUUGCACGAGCAUAUUUAGAAGAGGCGUUUGAGCUCUCUAAGAAAGGUAGAUAUUUUUCAGAACAUCAAAUUGUAUCUGAAAUGUUAGGAGAAAAUGUUCAAGAAGUCAAUAAAAUGGACUAUUUAGAAGCAGGUAAUGAGGGCAUUGCCAACUCCACUGUCAUGAUUACUGACUGUAAGAGGGACAGUUUAACGUAUUGUCAAGCAGAGCAGUGUACAGAGCCUCCUUCCCUGUUGGCUGAAUGUGUUUCUGACAUUUCCCAGAAACUGAACAUCGAUGACGAGAAAACUGUGUCCUCCAGUAAGAGAAAAAUGUCCGCCAGUGACGAGUCACAAGACAGAGUGUGUAAAAGAAUUAUCUCGGAGAGAUCACAUGAUGGCCAUUUCUAGCAUUCUAACAUUUAUAUUUCUUCACUAGUUUCAGAAAAGUUGUGAAAAAUGCUUUUAUUAAUCGAAUCUGAUUUUGACAAUGAUCCCUCUCAGAAAAAAAUACAGUAAAAAAAAAAUCCAACACUUUGGAUUUUAAUAUUAUUGGAACUGAAUAAGCAGAAAGAGAUUCAAAAAAAGUGUAGCAUUCACAAACGUGAUCUUUAUCAUUUUGUGAUCUGCCAAUCGUCUGAUGGAAAGACUUGAAAUUUUUACGAUUCUCAACAUUUUCAGCUGUAGACAAACCCAGAACUGACCAAAAUUUUCGAUGACCAAAGGAAUACAACAGUAUUCAAUACACGACACUCAACCCAAUGCCUGAUACCAAAAAACUACGGGGAAGAGGGACCUUACAAUGUAUACCUUCACAAGACUUAGUCUUGCAUUUCAACAAGCACCAGAAAAAUGCUGUAAACUACGGACUUAUGACCAUUAGACGUACAUGUAGUUCUUCUUGUCUAACAGGCUCUAGGAGCAAAAACAGCAUUCUUCUUAGAGCAAUAUAAAAUCAGUUAAUUUUUUUUAAAUAUAAUAUUUCUUAUAGAUUCCUUCUCUUUGUUUAUUCUACGAGUUUUAUUUCAACUUUACAACAACAACAACAAAAUCUGAGCAAGACAGAAAAAACAAAGAGGAAAUUUGAUACAUGUGAUCCGGCGGAUGUCAGCAUGCAAUAACGAUAUUAUGCAAUAGUCAGGUCAAUGCUGUUAUGGAGUAUUAAAUAACAUUUAGUAGGCAUCGAUAUUACGUGCACCAAGCCUGUAAAACUUUACAAAUGUUUGUAGUAGAAUAUCAUAAAACUAUGUCAUAAACA